AUGGGGGAUGCGGCCCUUGAUCUUUCCGCUAAACCUAGUGUUUGCCCCCCUCCAGAGAAAGGGAGUCCACUACCUAUUAAAUCCUGUGUACGACAUACCAGCAACAGUGAAUCAGGACGCUCAUCAUCAUCAUCAUCAAUCCAUUCUUUGAAUAAUGAUUUGGAUCAUGACAUUUCUCAAGAAGAGCAUAGGAGACAGUCUCCCGGGGAAUACUCUAACCAUAGUUCACCAAAUAACAGUAUCAACGAUAAGGCCAGUAAUUCGGAUAAACCUGAUGCUGCCUUCACAUCAUCCCGGCCCUUCAAAAUGUACCCAAUGGAUCAGUUUUCUGCCUAUAACGGUGCUAGUAGUACCCCCACAUCGCCACUAUCCCCUAUGACAGGUUCGUUUGGUAUGACGACAAUGUUUGAUAGUCCAUCGUCAUUUCCUACCUUUCCUCUCACACCUCUUACUUCUCAUCUUAUGCAGCGAAAACGGCGUGCUGAAAAUAGAACUGAAUCGACAAGUGAAAAAAAGACUAAAACUGUUCCUGAGGACAGGAAAGACGAAGCUUACUGGGAACGAAGACGGAAAAAUAACGAGGCAGCCAAAAGGUCUAGAGAUUCUCGGCGGUGUAAGGAGGAAGAGAUUGCCAUGCGGGCAGCUUUCCUGGAACAGGAAAACCUUAAACUCAGGGCACAAGUGACAAUUUUGAAAAAUGAAACUGCUAAACUUCACUACAUGUUGUAUAAUAGACUAUGA